AGUGACCUCUUGUGCACUGACACCAUUUUGAUCAACAUUUGAGGUGUAGUGUUUCAGAUACUUUGGUUGUCUGUUGAAACAUUUUUUUUAUCCCUUGUAGUAAAAGGCCAUAAAUGUCCUGCAAGAUUUUCUGCUUGAUGGGCUUUUUUGCAAGCUUGAUCUGACCUCAGUAAUACAGUGCCGAUAAACGUGCUACCACGACGUUUCGCUAGCUACUACCGUAGCUUGUUAGCUAGCUAGCUAACAUAGUCAGGCCUAUUGAAGAAGCGGAAUAUGCGACGGAUUGAACAUUUCCGAAAUAUUUAGAUUGUUGUUGAUGAAAUAGCUAUAAAUCAUAUCAUAAGCCGGGCUUAUCUGCACAGUUGAUUUAUCUGCCAUUGUGUCUUGAAUUUGGACACAUGGACGGCGAAGAGGAUGAUUUCAUGUCUGGGAAUCACUCUGAUGAUGGCGGUGGCACGCCAGUUCAGGACGAACAUGCCCCUGGUUCUGACGGUGAGGAGAUGAGGAGCGAGCGACAUAAUUCAGAGGAUGAGGGCGAUGGAGCUGGGCAUGUCAUGGAGAGGAAUGGCACGGCUAGCGGCUCAGACAACGAGGGAAACAGAGACGAGGACAGCAACUCUGAGGGGGAGGCAGCAGCACACAACAGCGACUCAGAGCCAGAGCCUCCCAAACCUGCAGACAGCGACGAGGAGUCACCAGCCAAGCAAAGAGCCACAACAUCUGACAACGAGGGUUCCCCAGUCAAACGACUUGGCAGCCCAUCAGACAACGAGGGCUCUCCAGUCAAACCACCAGGGACCCCAUCAGACAAUGAGGAGUCUCCCAUCAAGGAAAGAGACAUUACAUUUGACAAUGAGGGGUCCCCAGUCAAACGUCAAGGAAGCACCUCUGACAUGGAGGAGUCAGGGGCAAAAGUGCCUGGGAGUGACUCUGAACAUGAGGACCAGCCUCGGGCUAGGCAGUCAAAUGCAGGCAGUGACUCUGACACAGAAGUACCAAAACACAAGAAACAGAUAGAGUCUGAUGAUGAGGAGACUGAGAAACCAGAGGAGGGGAAAGACAAGUGGAAGGCCGUGAUGCACUCAGACAGCGAGGACGAGGAGGAAGGUCAGAUGAAGGUGGCAGGCAGUGACCAGGAGGGGGAGAGUCGACUCAAACCAACAGCCAAUGAUAGUGAGGAUAACGAAGACAAGCCUGUAAAGAGAAAGAAAGCCAUCCUGUCAGACAGUGAAGAUGAGGAAGAGAAAGCUGACAAACCAGCUGCAAAGAAGAACCGUGCCGUCUCUGACGACGACAACUCAGACAGCGACGCCGGGUCGGAUGCACCUGACAAGAGCAUGGCCGCCAAACUCAGGGAGCUGGGAUCCGACAGCGAGGAUGAGGAAGACAAGGAUGCAGCAGAAAAGAAGGAUGAGAAAACGCUGUUUGGCAGCGACAGCGACUCGGGAGAUGAAGAGGAGAAAAUGAUUGCAGACAUCUUUGGGGAAUCUGGAGAUGAGGAAGGAGAAGAGUUUACGGGUUUCAACCAGGAGGAUCUGGAGGGAGAGAAAAACAAAGAACAGGCGUCUGCCAAGAAGGCCGUUGAGGACGACUCGGACUCUGAUGACGGCGUGGAUCGAGGCGGCAAAGACACCAGUUUCAUGUCCGACUUUGACGUGAUGCUGGCCCGCAAAAAGGCCCAGAGUGGGAAGAGGAGAAGGAACCGGGACGGCGGGACGUUCAUCAGUGAUGCUGACGAUGUGGUCAGCGCCAUGAUCACCAAGAUGAACGAGGCUGCAGAGGAGGAUAGAACACUGAACAGUCAGAAGAAACCAGCACUCAAAAAGCUGACCCUUCUCCCUACAGUGGUCAUGCACCUAAAAAAACAGGAUCUCAAGGAGACUUUCAUCGACAGUGGUGUGAUGUCUGCUAUCAAGGAGUGGAUCAGUCCUCUCCCAGACAAGAGUCUCCCCGCUCUCAAAAUCAGAGAGGAACUCCUCAGGAUUCUACAGGAACUCCCUAGUGUAAGCCAGGAGACUCUCAAACACAGCGGGAUUGGCCGGUCUGUAAUGUUCCUGUACAAACACCCCAAAGAGUCACGCCCCAACAAGGACGUCGCCCUCAAGCUCAUCAAUGAGUGGUCGCGACCCAUAUUCGGCUUGACCUCCAACUACAAGGGUAUGACCAGAGAGGAGAGACAACAGAGAGACCUCGACCAGCAGAUGCCUCAGCGCAGACGCCUCAGUGUUCCCCAGAAGGUGGAGAGGUCAGAGGAGCUGGACGUGUUCUCCCCGCUCCUCAGCUCAGGGGGUCAGACUCCACGCAGAGAUUUGGAGAAAGUGCUGACAGGGGAGGAGAAAGCCCUACGUCCUGGAGACCCAGGGUUCUGUGCCCGUGCCAGGGUUCCCAUGCCAUCCAACAAGGACUAUGUGGUUCGGCCCAAAUGGAACGUGGAGGUCGAGUCCAGCCGGGGUCCAUUAAAGAAAGGCAUGUCUCGGGUGGACAAACAGAUGCGUCGUUUUGCAGACAUCAAGCGUAUGAAAAAGACGGGCCACGCCGUAAAGAUCAGCGUCCAGGGAAACCACAUGCCGCUCUGAUAUUUUAAAGUGUUUAGUUUUUUUUUUUCUUUGCUUUUGUUGCUUAAAGGUCUUUUAAGCCUCACUCUGCCCGGCCUGAGUCUCUGAAUGUAUGAUAAUGUCUUCACAGGCUUGGCCGGUCCUCAUCAGUCCUUUGGACUUCUAGGACACAUAUUGUCCAUUUCAUGUAUGUUAACCCUCUACAGGAGCAGUCUGGAUAUGUCUCCACAGUGUGCCAGCUCAGAUGUUACUUUCCUAAUAAAGAGGGUUCCACCAUC